CCCAUCUGUAUGUACGUCAUGUGCUGCUUGGGCUCUGUCUGUACAAAAUUCCCUGCCUACACUUCCCUACUUUUCUGCUUUCAAGCUCACUGCUCCGCCAAACGUAACAACACACAAUGAAGGCUGCUCUGUGUGUGGUUCUGCUGGCUCUGGCGUGCUCGUGUCGCGCCGGGCCCUCCGCCGAGCUGCGCGGGAUGCUGGCGGAGAAAGAAGAGGCUGGCAGUAUCUGGGCUCUGCUGGUGGCCGGCUCCAACAGCUGGAUGAACUACAGACACCAGGCGGACAUUUGCCAUGCCUACCAGGUGCUGCACGCUCACGGUGUCCCUGACGACCACAUUGUGGUGAUGAUGUACGACGACAUUGCCCACAACGAAGAGAACCCAAACCCUGGAGUGAUCAUAAACCACCUGAAAGGCCCAAAUGUAUACCCCGGAGUACCUCACGACUAUACGAAGGAGGCGGUCACUCCAGAGAACUUUCUAAAGAUUCUAACUGGAGAGAAUAUGAAUGGAACUGGCAGUGGCAAAACCAUCCAGAGUGGUCCAGAUGACUAUGUCUUUGUCUACUUUGCCGACCACGGUGCUCCAGGCAUCGUUGCCUUCCCUGACAAGAUGCUCUCGGCCAAGAAGUGGAACGAAGCCAUCACAAAGAUGCACCAGGAGAAUAGGUACAAGCAGAUGGUGGUGUAUGUGGAGGCGUGCGAGUCUGGCUCCAUGUUUGACAAACUCCUCUCUGACAACAUCAAUGUGUAUGUUACGACGGCAUCCAAUCCCCACGAGUCGUCCUAUGCCUGCUACAUGGACGACAGCCUGGAGACCUAUCUGGGAGACUGCUACUCUGUCAACUGGAUGGAGGACGUCGACAAUCUGGGCACCACGCAGACUCUGAAGGCUCAGUACAAGAAAGUCAAGAGGGAGACGACCACAAGCCACGUGGAGCAGUACGGAGACCUGUCCCUCGACUCUGAGGAAUUGGAGAUGUUCAUGGGCUCAAAGAAUUCAGGACCAGCUGGUUAUUCAGAGCCCCAGCCGGUACCACAAGCGAGGAGUGACGCAGUGCCAUCGGGAGACGUCCCCAUCUCUAUUCUGACCCACAAGAUAUUCAAGACUCCGAACGAGUGGGAAAAGAGAGAGUACGAGCAGAAGCUGCUGCAGGAGCUACAGUUGAGGGAGAGUGUUCGUCAGACGGUGAAGACCAUAGUUGAGAGUGUCGUCGAGCCGGAGGCAGUGGACGGCAUCCUACACAAGCCCGCCAGCCCCGUGGACUUUGACUGUCUGGAGGCCGUAGUGGACAGGUUCUCCUCUGCCUGCUUCCCCAUUGGAAAGGUUGAUACAAUGCAGAAAGUAUAUCCCAUUGGAAAGUUAUACACAUACAGAGAGAGAGAGAGUACAAAAGGGUAUGAGCUGUAGGCAGUAAGCAACAAGUAACACUUCUUGGGAACAGCAAGGUUGCAUUAUGUUAUAUAUAGCACCAAGCAAAACUGGUGCAAAACAAGCAGUUGAAAGCAUCUCGGUCCCGGAAAGUGUUCAAUAGGCUCCUAGUGCGGAGUUUAUCCAAUUAUGCAUACAAUGAUUCUGAUCAAAGUUUAUGCUUUCGUGUGUAUACGCAGGUGGACUAUGCCCUGCGCCAUGUGUAUGCACUGGUGAACCUGUGUGAGGCUGGCAUACCUUCUGACAAGUGAGUCCUUUUAAUGCACACUCAUACUCGAGCUGGAAAUGACUAUACCUGUCUCUCCUCUCUUACUCAUUUCUCUCUCUCUCUCUCUCUCUCUCUCUUCAUGAUUUGCAGGAUCAUGCAGUCUAUCAACAGUGCCUGCUGAGUGUGCUAAUAAGUAAUGAAAGGACGGUGAUACAUUUAAGCUCUACCAAUACAUGUUGAUAUAUAAUAUACUCAUUCAACAUUCGCUUUUAAUCAUGAGCCUUUUUCUCGAUAAUGUUA